UCCGCCUCCGCGCUCGCUUGCUCGCUCCUUCCCGCCCUCCCCGCAGCGCUGGCCGAGCCGGCUUCCCCUCGGUCUCUCAUGAAUAUUGAGCGGCCCCUGUUGUAUUUCCCGAGCUCCAUUGCGGAAGCCGAGGCUCGCCAUAUUGUGCGGCGGCGCCGGCGGCCGCGGCGGCUUGGACUCGAGUCUCGCUCCGGCCACGGUCAGCGAAGUCCCGGGCUGGGGCAGGAGCCGCAAUGUCUCAGGCUGUGCAGACGAAUGGAACUCAACCAUUAAGCAAAACAUGGGAACUCAGUUUAUAUGAAUUACAACGAACACCUCAGGAGGCAAUAACAGAUGGCUUGGAAAUUGUGGUUUCACCUCGAAGUCUUCACAGUGAAUUAAUGUGCCCAAUUUGUUUGGAUAUGUUGAAGAACACCAUGACCACGAAGGAGUGUUUGCACCGCUUCUGUGCGGACUGCAUUAUCACGGCCCUCAGGAGUGGCAAUAAAGAAUGUCCUACAUGUCGGAAAAAGCUAGUUUCCAAAAGAUCACUAAGGCCAGACCCAAACUUCGAUGCACUCAUCAGCAAAAUUUACCCAAGUCGUGAUGAGUAUGAAGCUCAUCAGGAGAGAGUGUUAGCCAGGAUCAACAAGCACAACAAUCAGCAAGCACUCAGUCACAGCAUCGAGGAAGGGCUGAAGAUACAGGCCAUGAACAGAUUACAGCGAGGCAAGAAACAGCAGAUGGAGAACGGCAGUGGGGCCGAGGACAACGGGGACAGCUCCCACUGCAGCAACGCGUCCACCCACAGCAACCAGGAGGCGGGGCCCAGCAACAAGCGCACCAAGACGUCCGACGACUCGGGGCUGGAGCUGGACAACAGCAGCGCCGCGGUGGCCAUCGACCCGGUGAUGGACGGUGCCAGUGAGAUCGAGCUGGUGUUCAGGCCCCACCCCACCCUCAUGGAGAAGGAUGACAGCGCGCAGACGAGAUACAUAAAGACGUCCGGUAAUGCCACUGUGGAUCACUUGUCCAAGUAUCUGGCUGUGAGAUUAGCUUUAGAAGAACUUCGGAGCAAAGGAGAGUCAAACCAGAUGAACCUUGAUGCAGCCAGUGAGAAGCAGUACACCAUCUACAUAGCAACUGCCAGUGGGCAGUUCACUGUCUUAAAUGGCUCUUUUUCUUUGGAAUUGGUCAGUGAGAAAUACUGGAAAGUGAACAAACCCAUGGAACUUUAUUACGCACCCACAAAGGAGCACAAAUGAGCUUUUACUGAAACCAGUUCAGAGAAUGAACUUUUUUAUAGCCUAUUUCUUUAUUAUCAAAGAUGUAUCACCAUUACUUUUAUGGACAGAAUCUUGGAUGUGUUGUUCAGUUUUCUUCCUGAGCCAGAUUCGUUUACACUUUUAGAAUCUUUUCCCCUUAAUUUAAGAUUUCCUUUUUGGAAGGGACUGCAGUUAUUCAGAACUUUUUCUUUAAAAAAAAAAUAUCUAAGUUCUGUGUCUUCACAAAGUGUGGUUCCGUUUGGAGCACCCUUUGACCCAGGAAUUUUUUGGAGCUCUGUAUUCUUAAGAUUCAGUUAGCCAUCUUUUCCUCUCCCUCAGCGUUCAGGCCUUACAGAAUGUGAAAUUGUAUUUUGACUUUUUUUCCUGGAGUCUUGUAUAUUUAUAGUUUUCUAUAUAAGCUGUAGUAUCUUCAUGAAGACCAAGACUCAAUUUAAAAGUCCAUUCUCAUAGGAUUAUUGUUUUCAUGGUAUUUUCUUCCAUAAUAUCACAUUCUUUUUUAAAAAAAGGUUCUUUAUGAAGGUAGUGACCAGUGUGAUGCAGUGUUAUUUUUUCCCAUCCCCCACCCUCUGAUUUUGGAAUUUCUGAUCCUGGGAAAGAGAAUCAAACAACAUCUCAAGUUCAAUAAGGACUUGGUUCAUUUAUAGAUUUUACUGAAAAUAUAUUAUAUUGGUCUUAUGUAGUCUUCAAGUAUAUAUUUAAAAAUGUCUUUCUUUGUAUAAGCUCUCCUGUCACUUCAAUUCCUGUAUUAUGUAUGUUCGAUGAUUUUUUUCUAUUAAAAUACCAGAGAUAUGGAGAUAUUUUGCACUUUAGCUUUGAUGAAAGUACAAGAUAUGUUCAGAGCUUCCGCAGUUCUUUUAUGUUGGUAGCUGUGCGAGUUAAAGAUAACAUGGCACAUGGAGCUAACAGUGGGGGGAUAUUUGCUUCUGCUUGGAAAGUGUUUUGUAUUUGGGGUUGCCAUAUAUCAGUUUAUAUAUUUGGUGCUUUGCUAAUUACACUCUAGAGAAGCCUGAGACCUGCCUUGAUAUGUAGUAGGAGAUAAUUCUGUAGAAGAAUGUCAGCCAGUAGGGUAAAAGUUACUCUGUUCUUAUUCAUUUAGUUUUAUGUUGAGGGACAGUUGGGUGUUCAGCGUUGGGACCCAGAAGGCUUUGUGCUGGUAGGUGAGAAACACGAUGGACUUGUGUGUUAUUUUUCAUCUCUGUUCUAAUUUCAGGUGUGUUUGCAAGUUUAUAUUGUCACAGUACUUACAAAGACAUGUGCGAAUUGAGAAAUUAACCCCAAGGGGUCUUCCCAGGGGGACCAGCCCUCCAGAAGGGCUGAAACAGAAGCCUGUCCAGCCGUUGGCGCCGUCCGUCAUGUUUGGCAGAUGGGUCUCCUUGCUGUUCUACAUGGUCGGCCCGAUGUGAAAACUUCAAAGGCUUACUCAGUUCAGUUUUUUACUGUUUUAUUGAAAAUACUUAAAAUCUGUUUUUACAGUUGUUUUUGGUAAUCUGUGCCAUGAGAUUUGAAAACCACCAAAAAACAAUGGAAUUUUGUAUUCAAUUCCUUUUUUCUGGUGUAAUGUUACAUUGUACAGACUAUUACUGCAUGUCCACUCAGUAUAACUCUGGUUUUGCGAUACAACUAUUUAGAUUUUAUUGGUGACAUUAGAUUAGUUGUUGCAUUAAAUAACUGAAUUCCCAUUGUGAUUAUUAACUGAAAUUUUGUCUUUAAGCAGAAAGUUACUUGUGAAUAUAAGUUCUGUGCUUUGAGACUGUGUGUGUCUAAUCUGUCGUGAUGGGAGGCUGUGAACUCCGUGUCACUGUGGAUUCAGUGUGUGGUCCUUGGCAGAAUGUAGCGGCAGGCACUUGAUAGAUAUCGUAGAUAUUUGGUAGCACAUUGAGUGCAGUGUUGUGUGUGUGUGUGCGCGCGCGCUCAUGUGUGUGUGUUUUUGGGGUGGGCACUGCUCAUCGUAACUCCCAACCAAGACUUGUACAGAGUGUGAUUCCCUAAACACAUUCUGUAACUGCCAUCUCAGCUGAGGAACAAAAAGGUCACCGGAUGUGGUUAGGGCCAUUUAAACAUUUACAAGAGUAAAACUUAUAUAACCAAAUGCACCAUUGUAAUCAUUGUAAGUGUUCAGAGGCAUUAAGUACGUUCACGGUAUAGUGUGACCAUCGCCACUUUCUGAACGUUUUUGUCAUCCCAGACAAACCCUGCACUUGUUAACUCCCCGCAUCCUCCCCCAGCUCCAGCCCCUGGUCAUCUUUGUUCUGCUUUCUCUCUCUGAAUUUGACUAUUUUAGUCACCUUAUUAUAUAAGGGGAAUCAUACAAUAUUUGUUCUUCGUGUGUGUCUUCAUAUAUUUUCAGGUGUCAUUCACAUUGUAACAUGUAUCAGAAUUUCAUUCCUUGUUAUGGCUGAAUAAUAUUCCAUUGCAUUUUGCCUAUCUAUUGAUGGCCUCUUUUGUUGCUGUGACUAAUGUUGCUGUGAACAUUUUGUGUAUGUAUCUGUUCAGGUCUCUGCUACAUUCUUUUGGGUAUACACCUAGGAGUGGAGGUGCUGGAUUGCGUCCUUCUGUAUUUAAUUGAAGGAACCCCAAACUGUUUUCCAGAGUGGCCACACCAUGUUACAUUUCUGCCAGCAAAGUACAAAGAUUCCAGUCUCUCUACAUCCUCACCCACACUUGUUUUUGUUUUUGAAAACUGUCCUACUAGGUGUAAAGUGUCAUGUUAUUGUGGUGUGAUUCGACUUUCCCUAAUGGCUUGUGAUGCUCCGUAUCUUUUCCUAUGUUUAUUGGCCAUUCGUAUGUCUUCUGGGGAGAAAUACCUAGUCAAAUCUUUGCCUAUUUUUGUCAUCGUCGUCAGGAGUUCUUUCUAUAUUUUGAAUAUCAGUACAUUAUCAGAUACAUUA